AUGAGUGAGAGUGUAAACUUCGCCAUAGUGUCCAUAGGAAAUGACAUUGAUACAAAACUCGUGAAUCAUACACGUCGAUGCAAUGGACGUGAGAUUUGUUCCUGUAUAUUACGUGUUGAGAGUGCGUAUUUUCAAAAGAACUUAACAGGCAAAGCCGCUGCGAAGAAACGCCGAGUGAACGAGAGUGCAGCAGUUUCUGUUGCAUUAAAGGGCACAAUGCGUCGUCAACCAAGAGUGACUAAUAUUCAACAGCUUAGCUUUGAACUCAAGCUUCACAUUACGUCUUUCCUAGCACCUCUUGCGCUCGGUAAAUUAGGAAUGACGAACAAGAAUAUGAAGCGUGAUGUAGAUUUGAUGGCAAAGGAAGCGACGGGAAAGUUUCUUGCUGAGGCACCACUGGAUAAAUUGCUGAAACAGGAGAAGCCCAAGGCGAAGGAGUCAUGGCCGCAAUUUAUGCACAACCAAAUGACAUGUGUACACAAACUAUUCGUCUACUAUACAGGCUACAAGACAGGAUUAAUGAGGCAGGAGUUUCCACAUUGGGCUUUUGGUAUCGUCUAUGUGGACCCAAAUGAACCACAUCGUACCAUACUGCCAAAUGCGUGGUCGUUCCAUGGGUAUAACCCAUGGCUUCGGCGACGUGGCAAUGGAAAAGAUGGCGAGUGGCAUUUGAUGAAAAAGUAUAUGGCGAGCAAAGCGCCUCAUAGCUUUUUGCUGCACGUAAAAUCGUGGGCGAGCACACUACGUCCAGGAUCGAUGUUAGCAAUUGCAUAUCAAAAUGCUGGAUCGUUAAAGCCGACGUGGUGGGAGGCGCAAGCUUGGUAUGUAUGGCGUGGUGAUGGCAAGCAAGAUCCUGCCGUUGUAUAUGAUUCUGAGACGGAAACUCGUAUACAUGUGCACCCAGACGAUUUGCUUGAGCACUUUAGGGCACAUCCAUUGCAUGUUGUUGACGUGUCAACGAAGCCUGGAGCAUUAUGCCAACGAUGUGCUAGCCAGAACCGGACGUUCAAAUACUGUCAUUUAGACAGGGGACAUCUAAUGUUAUAG